UUCAUUGUUAUAGUAUAUGUAGACUGUGUAUGAGGCUUUACUGAAAUGUUAUGUACACAUACGGGAUGGUGCUGCUGUAUUUAAUAUUUUGAUUGCAGCUUAAAAGGUAGUCUGGAUAUGGAGCACACACCAUCCACAAGCACAGCCAGUUCCAAAGCGUCUGUCGGGAAAAAACGACAUGUACACUACUACAUGAUGCCUGCUGUCUUUGUUACUCUAUUCUGUUUCUGGCCAACCGGUAUCAUGGCCAUCAUGAAAGUCACAGACAUUGACGAAGCUAGAAAGAGGGGAGAUGCGAUAUACCUACAGACUAGUAAGAGUGCAGCCAAGAAGUGGAUAGGCAUAUCACUACUGUUUGGAGUGGUAGUUGUCUCCACGGUGUGUUCUGUUAUCGGCUGGCAGAUAUUCCUCAAAUCGUGACGAGUCGUAAUCAAAUUGAAUAAGAUAUGAGAGGCGUGUAUGAUUUAAUAAUGACUUUACAUGGUGCAAAACAAGCAGCCAAAACAUUAUAUAUUGUCAAAUUGGCAGGUCAUUAAAUACGGAAACAGCUUAUCUUUUUGUAAAUAACACUCGACAAUAAUAUUAUACGACUCUGUUCACUGGGUCGGUAUGCGAGAUCAAUGCACGAUAACAAGCAUAUCACCUCUCUGACAAUCGCAACAUCUCGGCCAAAUUCGUCAAAGCUCGGAAUCGGACUGUUCUUUGAAAAUCUCUGUCAGGAUUUUAUUGAAUGCUUCUACUGCAAAGCGGGCAACAAAACUACCUGUGGCUACCUGUUGAUCUGCCCUCCAUUAACCAGGAGAGCAUGUGUAGGCGAUUUAAUAGCAUUUGUCAAUCUUAACCUUUAUGAAGUUAGCAUUCUGUUGGGAAAGCUGCAUUUAACGUGGUUCUUUUUUCAUGCAUCCUUGAAAUAUACAACCCUGUACCUAG